ACGUUUAGAUUCUGACAACCUGGUGCAGCGGGAGGAUGUGCCGCCAUGCGAGCCGCGCACUGGCAUGGUUUUAGGCGGUGUUGCAAGGGUUAACUUGCAAUAUUCAUUGUGGUUGGAAUAGGCGUGUGCAUGAUCAGUGGAUACAUGUUGGAUACAUAAUGUGUCAGUGAGUGUAGAAGCAUAAAUUUUACGAUGAAGCUGUGAGCAAGUGCGUAUGUACUUGGAAGUUGGAGAUUGCAAUAGUUUGGUAUUGUUGAAGUGUCAUUGUUCCAAGUCUGGAAGGAUUCACUCGACCUCUGCUGAGCUGCGCCCCAAGUGUCGAGUCCAACCAAGAUGCCACGAAGGAAGCAGGAUUGCCCUAAACGCAUGAAAUGGGAGGAGUGCGAGGGCAAGGAGCCUGGUGUGGACGGCGAGGUGGGGGAUUCCCCGAGUUCCAGUCCCAGACAUCGCAGGGACAGCGGAAGUGUUGCCUCGCGGGAGGGACUUUCCCCUAAGAUGUCUCCCCGCCACUCCCCCCGAGAAUCCCUCAACUCAUCCCCAGCGCACAUGGUCUCGCCCCGCGCCACACCACCUGCACUGCGCCCGCUGAUCUCAUCCCCCUCCUUCAUGCGAGGGUCCGACAACGAGGCCGAUAUUCUCGACUUUUCGCUACGACGAUCUCCGGCCUUCAGCAAGGACGAACAGCUCACCAUGUCAGCCAGGUCCUCUCUUGCUGGAUCGCCGCCCCCUGGCCUCCACCGGCUCGGGGACUCGCCGCUGGACUUGUCAGUCCCACGCAAGAGGGCUGCAGACGCCCUUCUUGAGGCAGCGCAGGGAAAGAUGCAACAGGAUUUGGCCAAGGGACUCAGCAGUUGGGGCAUCUCUCUGCCGCCUCACAUUGCCUCAGCUAUGGCUCUGAGGCCCGAUCUGGCUGCGCUGAAGCCUGAGUUAGCCCUCUGGAAUGGCAAACUUAAAGGAGAUGGUAUAUCAACGAAGCUUCCACCGUUCCCCAUGGGUCCCGUGCCGCCCACACCUUCAGAAGGUUCAAGAGCUUUAGAACGGAUGAGUGAGCUCAGCAAGCUCGGUGGGGAAGCUGGAUUAGACCUGUUUCGUGGCGGGUUAGGAGGCAGUUCCGGCCGGGCGACUGCCUGGCAAAGUCACUGGCUAAGCAAAGGCCAGGAUGCCACAAAGGAUGUCCUCAAGUGUGUGUGGUGCAAGGCUUCAUUCAACACACUGGCUGAACUCACCACGCACAUGAAGGAAGCCAAGCACUGUGGAGUCAAUCUGCCGCCACCCAUCCCGCCCCCGUCGUCCAGCUCUUCCUCCAUCCACACUCACCUCCCUCCUCAGUACACACCCAGCAAGGCGCCCUCCUCCAAGCCACCCUCCUCUUCUUCCUCGGUGGCCUCAGGCUCUUCUUCGUCGAACGAUCUAAUGUCGAGCAUCAAGGAAACAAUGCCUUUGCCCCGGAAGCUUGUUCGAGGACAGGACGUGUGGCUGGGAAAGGGCGCAGAGCAAACCCGCCAGAUACUCAAGUGCAUGUGGUGCGGCCAGAGCUUCAAGUCCCUGGCUGAGAUGACACAGCACAUGCAGCAGACGCAGCAUUACACCAACAUUAUUUCUCAGGAGCAGAUAAUCUCGUGGAGGUCUCCCGAGGACAAGACGCCCAGCCAGAGUCACGUGAACGCCGUCUUGACCUGCAAGGUGUGUGACCAGGCGUUUGCUUCCCUCAAGGAGCUCAGUAACCACAUGGUGAAAAAUGCCCACUACAAGGAGCACAUCAUGCGCAGCAUUACUGAGUCGGGAGCUCGACGCAGACAGACACGAGAGAAGCGCAAAAAGUCACUACCGGUGAGGAAGCUACUGGAGCUGGAGCGCGCCCAGCAAGAGAUGCGUUCGUCGGGAGAUCCCAGCCGGAACUUGAAGGAGCAGGCUGGAUCAGGCCGCAUCUCGUGUGAAAAAUGUGGAGAUAAAAUAGAAACUUCCUUAUUCGUGGACCACAUCCGCAACUGUGUAGGUGCUUCUUCACGUGACCUGCUCAAGUCGGCGCUCCUCUCCCCUGACAGCGACUACAGCAACAAACUCGACUCUGCCCCCGAGACAGACAGUGAGGGCAAGAAAACUCCUGAGAAGACACCGCGUGACAGCCCAAGGGAAAAAGAGUUCGAAAAAACAAAGGGUCGCGGUGCGUCAGAAUCUCCUUCAGUUUUAAACGCCCUCGAGAAGCUGAUUGAAAAGAGCUUCGACUCUGGGAAGGGCAAGCCUGGCGCUGGGCCGCUUGGCUCCAGCAUUCUCCGACGACUUGGUAUUGACGAGAGUGUCGACUAUUCCAAGCCGCUGAUGGACCCACAGCUGAUGGGCAUGUACGCUACCUUCUCCAGACUGCACGGUGGACAUCCACACGGGGCAGGCACUCCAUCGACCUUCAAUCUCCCGCCAUCGUUCAGCUCCAGUGACAGAGGUGGAGGACUAAGAGGCCUAAGUGACUCCAUGAUGAGUCCAGGUGCAGAUUCUGACACCCGCGACACAUUUCCCCGGUCACCGUCUCGGCCCGGGUCGCGUCCUGCCUCAACAGGCUCCAUAACACGUGAUGGGAGCGGCAGCGAGCGAUCCUUGGAGUUACUGCGGCCUGACAGCCACCCCGCCAUCACUCCAGAAGAGAUUGCGCCCACUGAGAACGGUGCCGACCACUCAGAUAAUGAACAGGAGAGUCUUUGCGGCAGAGAAGAAGUGAAGCAGGAGCCACCAGAAAUAAAUGGAGAGGUCAGUGACCAUGAGUCUGUGUCGGCCAGGGAGGAGGUUAGAGUCAAGGAAGAAAUACGGGUGAAAGAAGAAUUCAAAAUGAAAGAGGAGGGUGAUGAAGAAGAAGAAAAUGAACUCACUCCAGACGCUGGACGCGAAUCUCCAACAGGCCGACUGAUGGGAUCCCCCGCCGGCUGCAGCAGCAGGUCUGAAACUCCUCAUUCCGAAGCCAGUGUGGGAGGACGUUCCGGAUCCGGCCUCGGGGCGGGUGGCCUUGGCGGUCUCUCGGCCCUUCUUGGGGGAGGUGGCGAGGGCUCCUCCUCUCACCCACUGGCGGCGCUGCAAAAAUUGUGUGACAAGACAGAAACUCAACCACGUGCGCCGCCAGUUAGUGGAACAACGACCGGUCCUCAGACAAAUCCUGGAGCGAUCUUGGCUUUUUCUUGGGCGUGUAAUGAUGCAGUGACUGCUGAUAGCAUCAUGAAGUGCGCUUUUUGUGACACUCCUUUCAUUAGCAAGGGAGCUUAUCGGCACCAUCUCUCAAAAAUGCACUUUGUAAAGGAUGGUGUUAUCCCUGAGAACGCCGCUGCGAAGCCAACCACCAACAAGCCACCCCCUGCUACUAGCAAGUCGGCCACGCCCCCAGCGCCCCCGGUGGAGGAGUCACCUCACUCCAAGUUCCUGAAGUACACGGAGCUGGCCAAGCAGCUGUCCAGCAAGUAGUGCAGGCCUCUGCUUCGGGGUGGCUUCUCUUCUCCCCACACCCCCACCCGCGCCCGCCAAAGACCCCCCGCCCCCGCCCGCCCCGUGUACAGUGUGGCGUGGCUCGUGUGUACAGUGUAACUAUUUAUCCUUCGUGAGAGCUUGGUGGCCCCUGUAGUCUUGUGAUACCUGGCAGCUUGGAGGCGGCGGCGGCCGGGGUCCCCUCAUAUCACCCGCCUCCCGGGACUGUCGCUACCGGCGGGCGCUGCUCCCGUCCCCCGCCCGCAGGAAAGACACGUGCCAACAAUCAAAACAACCCGCAGAGUACAAAGUGUGUGUUGUGGGCGGGCUGGGUUGUGGCCACGCCCGCAGUAGCGAGGGAGCCCGCGCCCACAGCCGGCCUGGCCCCCGCGGUGCCAGGGCCCUGCAGGCGGCCGCGGGAGGGCGCGGCGCCCCCUGCCCCCGGCACGCCCUCGCCUCACGCUGUGUAUCUUCACACCGCCCGUGACGAUUUGAUCGUCCCGGGUCGUCGCAAACUCUUAAUCGCUCACACUUGCUGUCACUUUUUUCACAUAGUUAUUAAUAUAUAGACAGUGUAAGAUUUAAGCUGACAAGGCAAUGAUCAAAUUGAUUGUUGAUAAUUAUUUGAAAACAUCAAUGAUGUAACAGUAUCAUUCUUUUUACAAUAUCCUGUCUUUGACUUGCUGAAAGUGAUCUCAAUGCUUUUAUCCCUAGUGUAAAAAUGCGCCUGACCAACGCAACGGAUCGGCGAGGCUCGAGACUCACCAGCCGGGCCUCGUCCGGCGCGCCGAGCAGCGUCACUACCCCGUGCCCCUUCCCCCCCCCUCAACACACACACACACACACACACACACACACACCUGUGUAUAUGUCACCUGAAAUGUUAGCACAGUUGACAUACAUUUAGUUACGUGUGCAGUUGAUCCAUUUCUUGUGAUGCGUAGCACCACAGCUCACCCAUCCACAACACAUCCCAAGAGUCACGUCACCACCACUCGGGUAACACCUCCGAUCCCACUGCACCCGGUAGCGGCCACCCGCUGCUGGUCAGCCGCACCUCGCUCUUACCCUCCCGCCUGGCCUGACUCCUGCGGGUGUGAGUCGAGCUGCCUCCUCGGUAUCCAGUCAAGCUCUCAUCUCGUAGUGAUGUAUAAAAGGGACUUAGGCCGCCAUGUUUUGCUCUCUAAUUUCGCCACUAGUGUGUAUUUGACUUUUAAACGUGUUGAUUAUGAUCGAAGAUUCAGAUGCAGGAUUAUUAUAAGGUGUGCCGCCGCCUUCCUUGCCACGCCCUCUCCUUGCAGAGCGCACCGGAUAAUUCAUCCUUAAUGAGGUACCGCCUAUCUGAAAUGAGUUCCACGAUUCAAGGCGUGAGCACGGCGGCUUCAAAGGCAAGCCAGCCAGAUAUGUUGCGCAUCAAUCAUGAAGGCCUGUUGAUCGCCCAGUCCAUCACCGCGACUGUCUAGGUGCCGCCCCGCCUCCGACCCGCCACCGGAAGUGAGCAAAAGCAGCAAUAUGCCGUAAAUAAUUCCUCAAGGUCGUCAUUCAGACCAACUGUGCAACGUUCGUUGAGAUUCAAUGGAAACAUAUAUUUUUGUUCAGAGUAUAUUCUGCUUUUGAAAUUUAUUGGGAAAAUCAAGUAUUAAUUAUCUUACACCAGUGUAUGUUACUGUACAUCCCGCACCUCCUCACAGGAAGUUCUCCUAGCACAGGUUGACUUGAGGCGUGCGGGAUUUCCAGUAGGUGCCUGAGCUGCCUGGAGCUGCCUCCUCUCUACGUAAAAUUAAAUAACAUCUUGGAGGGAGCCACGACCUUGAGCUGUUAGAGCGGCCUCAACAGAUAUAAUUUUGCAAUGAUACAUGCUGCCACCAAUACAAAGGGUGGAGGAGCAAGGCAGCGUGCACUCGUCAAGCCCUUCGCAUCGCGUGGUAAUCAGGGGUUGUCAGGUGUGAUUUAGCAGCGGGCCGGAGCCACGUGAAGAGCAGUCGUGCAUAGAAGGCGUCGCGUUCCUCACCCCCUCCACCUUAUACAUACGCAGCACGCCCCUAACUUGACCCUAUCUCGCCUCGCACUCCCUCAGCACCUGCAGAUUUUAACAAGUUCGGACUUAUCCUCAGUUUGCCGUCCCCUUCUCCCAUCCCACAAACAUACGCCUGCCCUGCAUAGCCCACGCGAGGCACAAGCACUCUCAGUCACAGAUUGGCAAAAAAAUUAUAAAUUUGUGGCAGACUCGGAAUUAUCAAAUGUCAGGUUACAGAUGCUCAUCCGUAAUAAGGACGUUUGUGCAGUAACAGUAAUAGAUUUCUGAUAUAUACAUACGCACUUUUCUUUAGACAAGUUGCCGCCUAGACCCUCGCUAUCCCUGAGAGCCAGAGUACAUUAUUCUCAAGUCCAGCUGUUCCACGCGUGAUCAAUUGUUUACGGGUGACCAACAGGAUUUUUCAUGUGCAAAUUUUAAUGAGAUAUCUCCAUACAUUUAACGCUGCAGAGAUGACAUGUCGCUUUCCUGGUGGAAAGAGAAGUUGAUGUCAUGAGAGAGAGAGAGAGAGAGAGAGAGAGAGAGAGAGAGAGAGAGAGAGAGAGAGAGAGAGAGAGAGAGAGAGAGAGAGAGAGAGAGAGAGAGAGAGAGCACUACUGUCAGAACUGUUAGUGGCAGGGAGGAGCGGGACGGAGGUGAGCGCGGAGGGAGCAGGAAGGAAGCUGAACAGAGUAGUCAGAGCACGCCGUCAGUGUUUUGGCUCGGAGCGGUGCGCGACACAGGGAUCCACAUAAUAAACUGUACGUAGGCCUCACACCCUUCCUCCCCAUGCUGUGCUAGUUAUCAUGUAAAACUGCACUUGAUAUUAAAGUAUGAAGUGAUUGUAAACUAAUAUUUUUGUAUAAUCAUUUCUUAUUUACGUGAGCUGGGACUGACUGCUCUGAGUUGUUGAUAUUGGUCAGAAUACUUAGCGUGGCCUGUUGUGUACUUAACACCCCGUGCGACGCUGCUCGGCGCUGAGGCCAAGGUUCCGCCCCGUCGGGAGGAGCCUUCGUCGUCGUGGUGGUGGAGCUGGAGGCCUCCUGGCGCAGCGCGUUGUUCCCUGUAAAAGGAGAUUUUGACAGUCCAUACUUGAGUGUCCAAGUGCCAAUUCAACUUUCAUUAAAUAUACGUAAUAUUGAAUUUCUAUUGACAUAAACGGGGUCUUUCCCUGAAAUAUGAACCUUUAAUAAUUGAUCUGUGUAUAUCUUGCUAGAAUUGGACCUAAUCCUGAUACCUAUUUCUGUAAUAUUUAUGUUUUAUUCAAGCUUGAAUCUUCGGAUCAAAGAUCUGAUACGUAAUUAAGAACUCUACUUUGCCAAACUACCAGUGAUCUUGAAUCAGGUUAUUAUUUAAGUUCCGUUUCUUUCACAUGUAUCAGUUGAAAUUUCUAUACUUUUCUGAAGCUUAGCCGAAUAAGACCCCAUCCCCCUCUGAAUCAUUCCUGUACACCCCAGUGAGAUACGAUAAGCGUUGCUACACUGGCCUGCACCCGGGCCAGUGUACACACGACACCCACAACCUCUUUCUCUGUACACUGAAGUUCAUCGAGGAUAAUAGUAUUUCAGGUGCUCAUGGUUCACUUCUUGUGUACAGUAUCUAAUGUAAACAAAAUUUGGAUUACAUUACUUAACCAAAAACACUGUGUGGUAACUGUGAAUAGCCUUGAUGGACUUAUUUGCAUUUUUUAUCAUUUUAUUUUUUAUCAUUAUUAUUAUUUGUGUCAAUGUGUGCGUGGUGAGGGGGCGUCUCAGCCGGCCCUCCUCCCGCCCUCUGCUAGGAACCUGUAUACCAGCAGUGCCCGCCCUGGACACUGCCCUCUGUGCUGGCUACUGAGUUCAUUGUUUUUUGUACAGUUCAAGUACCCUAUUUGUAAAUUAUUGCGUUUUUUCCUCUCUUGAGCUUCCAGUUGUAAAGUUACAAUAAAUAAAAAUAAAGUAUCUGGA